AUGACCUCUCCCGAAGUUGCUCCGUGGAAUGCUUGUCUAAACACUCCUUUACAAGAAGACGACACAGAAAUCUAUGAUUUGAUUCAAAAAGAGAAAUACAGACAAUUUUCCGGUCUAGAACUGAUUGCUUCAGAGAAUUUCACUUCACUUGCGGUGAUGGAAGCAAAUGGGUCACCUUUAACGAAUAAAUAUUCUGAAGGUCUCCCUGGAGCUCGUUAUUACGGUGGCAAUGAAUAUAUUGAUCAAAUUGAAAAUUUAUGUCGUAAAAGAGCAUUAAACGCCUUCCAUUUAAAUCCUGCUGAGUGGGGUGUAAAUGUUCAAUCUUAUUCGGGAAGUACCGCCAACUUUUCUGCUUUAACAGCUUUACUUCAACCCCACGAUCGUUUAAUGGGUUUGGAUUUACCAUCAGGUGGUCAUUUAACCCAUGGAUGGCAAACUUCAAAGAAGAAAAUAUCAAGUUCUUCAAUAUAUUUUGAAUCGAUGCCGUAUCAAGUUAAUUUGGAAACUGGAAUUAUUGACUAUGAUCAACUUGAAAAGACUGCAAGCAUUUAUCGCCCAAAAUUGAUAAUUUGUGGUGCCAGCGCAUAUCCACGUGAUUGGGAUUAUGUUAUGUUAAGAAAAAUUGCUGAUAAACAUGGCGCGUUUUUAUUAGCAGAUAUUGCACAUAUUAGUGGAUUGGUCGCGAGUAAAGAAGCAAAUAAUCCUUUUGAGUUAUGUGAUGUAGUGACAACUACUACUCAUAAGACACUUAGAGGUCCACGUGCAGGAUUAAUUUUUUUCAGAAAAAAGAAUGAUUUGGAAGAUCGAGUGAAUAAUGCCGUUUUUCCAUCUUGUCAAGGAGGUCCUCAUAAUAAUACAAUUGCUGCUAUUGCUGUUUGUUUGAAACAAGUGGCCACCCCCGAAUUUCAACAAUAUUCAAAACAAGUUAGACUUAAUGCUCAAGCUUUAAGUAAAGCUCUCAUUGAACGUGGUUAUCAAAUAGUGACUGGAGGAACAGAUAAUCAUUUAAUUCUUUGGGAUUUAAGAUCACUUAAAUUAACUGGUAGUAAAGUAGAGAAGAUUUGUGAUAUGGUCAACAUUACAGUUAAUAAAAAUUCCAUCCGUGGUGAUGUUAAUAUGGUUUCUCCAGGGGGUAUUCGUCUUGGAACUCCAGCAUUAACAUCAAGAAGUUUUAAGGAAGAAGAUUUUGUUAAAGUUGCCGAACUUUUACAUCGUGCAGUCCAAAUUGCACUCAAAGUACAGGAAAAAGCAGGUAGUAAAAUGAUGAAAGAUUUCAUGAUGGCAUGUCAAGAUAUGGAAGAAAUUUCUAUUUUAAACAAAGAAGUAGAAAAAUUUGCUACUAAAUUCCCUAUGCCAGGUUUUGAUACUAAUAAUCUUACCUCUGUUGAGACUGAAUGA